UGGCGCCUUAAUUUUUUGUCACACUUUUCGUGGAUUGAAGGUUUAGCAGAUUGUCGUCCUGUCAAAAAAAGUUUUCAACUAUCAGCUUGCUGUAAUCUGUCAAUAUGCCUUUGCUCGAGAUCCGUACAAAUGUCACGAAGCAGAACAUCCCUGGAGACUUUCUUCAAACUGCAUCCAAGACCUUCCAGGAGACUAUUGAUAAACCAAUGCAGUACAUUGCAGUGAUUGUGAGACCAGACGAAAUGAUGUCAUUUGGAGGAAGUACAGAACCAUGUGCAAUGGUUGAUUUCAUAAGCGCUGGCAAGAUCGGGGGAGAAGAAAAUAAGAAUUACUCAAAGGCGAUCGCAGCACUCAUGGAGAAACUUGGCGUGCCAUCUGACAGGAUGUACAUCGUCUUUACCGAUCUUGCUCGGGAUAAUGUCGGAUACAAAGGAUCCACCAUGGCAGCCAUAUUUUAGGAUUCAACCAAAAAAAACAAAAAAAACAAUCUAUGAUGAAUAAUUUUGUAUGAUUCUUGCUUCUGCCAAAAUGUUAUUUAAUGGUUAAAUUGGGGGGGGGGGGGGCAAUGCUUUUACCAAAUUCAUCUAAAAUGUCAUGCGUUGCUAAGUAGUGUUUUAUAUUAGUGUAGCUUUCUCAUAAUUACUGAAAUGUUAAAAAUAGUGACAAAAGUAUUAAUUUAUUGUAACAGUAAAUUGGCUAUAAAUGUUUGCCUACUUUUCAAGCAAAUCAUUGAGUCCUGAAAUAUCCUUAAUGUGUCAUUAUGUCAAUCAUUCAUGUCCACAGAUUUCCUUAAUUUGUCAAUCAACUCAUAACCUCCAAUUUCCUUAAUAUCAACUCAACAGUCCUGAAAUAUCCUCCAUAAAUCAUUCAACUCAUGUCCACAAAUUGCCCUAAUAUACGGUCUAGUAGACAUGAAGAACCAAAUUUUGUUUAAAGGCAGUGGACACUAUUGGUAAUUACUCAAAAUAAUUAUUUUAGCAUAAAA